CAGACCGAAGAUGAUGACACUGAUGUGGAUUACAGUGAUGCUUUUUAAUAAAAUUGCUAAUUCUGCAGCGAUAAAUGAUAUCAAUCAGCCGAACCCAAUGAUCACUGCUGAAGUUGGUGAUAACGUGACUUUGCACUGCUUUAGACUGAGAGAGGAAAAUACUGAACCCAUCGUCUGGUACAAGCAAAAAGUAGGACAUGAGCCUUGUGUAAUGGUCACAGUUCAACAGGAACCCAAUUAUGAAGAUGAGUUCAAGCCACCAAAAUUCAGCAUCGAGAAAAAAAAAGCAAGCUGCCAUUUAAAAAUUGCUGAUGUGGAGCCGUCAGAUGAAGCCAUGUAUUACUGUGGACUUCGAAAAUUUAUAAUGAGGUUUGGAAAAGGAACAUUUUUAUCAGUGAAAGGAGAUGGAGAUAUAAAAGUGUCAGUGUUGCAGAGCAGCGUGUUGGACUCGGUUCCUGCAGGAGCGUCAGUGACUCUGCAGUGCUCGGUUCUCUCUGAGAGCAGAGCAGCAGAUCUCCAAGUGCUCUGGUUCAGAGCUGCUCCAUCACAAUCCCAUCCUCAAAUCAUUUACACUCAUCACAACAGCAGCCAUCAGUGUGAGAGCAGCUCUUCUACACACACCUGUGUGUACAGCUUCUCCAAGAACAUCCUCAGCUUCAGUGAUACUGGCACUUACUACUGCGCUGUGGCCGUGUGUGGGAAGAUCAUUUUUGGAAAUGGAACAACAAUACAAAUGGAGAAACCUGUGGAUUCUGUAGUGAUCUGCCUCGCUGUAGCUUUGGGACUGUGUGUGGUCGUGAUCUUUGCUUUGAUCUUUGUCGUAACCUGUAAAAGGAGAAGCUGUGAGCAACGCAAUGUGAGACUCAAACAAGGUUCUGUGACAGACAAGACCCUCAAUCAGGAUGGUGGCAAUGUGGAGCUGAAUUACGCUGCCUUACAUUUCAAUGAGAGGAGAGCCAAAAGAGGAAGAGUAAAGAAACAACAACCUCAAGAUAUUAUAUAUUCUGAUGUGCGAUCUUCUGCUAUAACUUAGAUUUUAGUUAUGAAAAACCAUAGUAUGUAAUAAAUAAAACAAGUUGAGUAUGCUCUUACCGCCGAAGUUGUUAUUUUUCUAUAACAGCAAAUCCUGAAGUGUUUUAUUUCGUAUAUACUACAACAAUUUGCAAAUUAUGAGAAUUUUGUAAUUGUUGCCAUUGCAUCCUUGCAGAAUCUAUUGUCUAAACAAUUUUUAUAUUUAUUUAUUUAUUUUUAAACCUUUUUUGCUGACAGUUUUGCUCUUAACUGAUUAACAUUGAAAGAAAGGGUUGAAAAUGAAUUACACAAAGAGUGUUUAACUAACAUCCAUGAUAAUGGCAUGAUGGUGUUAAAACCUUUCUAAUUAUUGAAUUAAUAAUUUACUGGCAAGCUAUAAUUUGUGUAAAAGAGCUGUAUUUUCAAAGUGACCUGGUGAAUCAAUGUUACAAUA